GGGAGAGAGGGAUUCGGUUACUGAGCGGUGCGCCAUGGCGACGUCAGGUGUUUGCCCCUUUCUGUCAAACGUCGCAGUGGUCUGCGGUACCGCGAACUGUCGGAAGAGUGCCUUGAACUGCCUGCCAGAAUGCCUCCAUCUGACCACCUUCUGUAUUUCCUCCUCAAAAUGCAUAUUCUCUGGCAGCCCAUUGGAACAACAUCUAGUCCCAGUACCCUAUGGAAAUAAGUACACCUGUAACAAAAGCAGAUUUUAGCCAGCCAUGGAGCUUGCUCACAGUUUGUUAUUAAAUGAAGAGGCUUUGGCUCAAAUCACAGAAGCAAAGCGACCAGUUUUUAUCUUUGAAUGGCUGCGGUUUCUUGACAAAGUUCUAGUAGCUGCUAACAAGACGGAUGUAAAAGAAAAACAAAAAAAACUUGUUGAACAGCUAACUGGUCUUAUCAGCAGCUCUCCUGGGCCACCCACCCGGAAAUUGCUUGCUAAAAACCUUGCUGCUCUGUAUAGCAUUGGAGAUACUUUUACUGUAUUUCAGACACUUGAUAAGUGUAAUGAAAUUAUCAAAAGUAAAGAUGAUACAUCAGCCUACUUACCAACCAAACUCACUGCAGUGGCAUGUGUUGGAGCAUUUUAUGAAAAAAUGGGGAGAAUGCUGGGUAGUUCUUUUCCAGAAACAGUUAACAAUCUCUUAAAGUCUCUGAAAAGUGCUGAGUCACAGGGCCGGAGUGAAAUAUUAAUGAGUUUGCAGAAAGUCCUAAGUGGGCUGGGUGGUGCUGCAGCUUCUUGCCACCGUGAUAUUUAUAAGAAUGCGAGAUCUCUCCUGACAGACAGAGCUAUGGCUGUGCGAUGUGCAGUAGCAAAGUGCCUACUGGAACUACAAAAUGAGGCUGUAUUUAUGUGGACAGCAGAACUGGAAAAUGUAGCAACACUUUGUUUUAAGGCUCUGGAAAACUCAAAUUAUGGUGUACGAGUUGCAGUAUCAAAACUUUUGGGAACAGUUAUGGCUACAGCACUGAUACCAAAGCAAGCAGCAGUGAUGCGCCAAAAUGUGAAGCGGGCUACACUGGAAGAGGUUUUGGAACUCAUGGCCACUGGUUUUCUAAGAGGAGGAUCUGGAUUCUUAAAGAGUGGUGGUGAGAUGUUAAAAGUAGGAGGAUCUGUCAAUCGAGAAGUGAGAGUUGGAGUUACGCAGGCUUAUGUUGUCUUUGUCACAACAUUAGGAGGUCAGUGGCUGGAGCGCAAUUUUGCUACAUUCUUGUCACAUGUUCUAGAUCUGGUUUCUCACCCUCGGGCAACACAGACUCAUGUAGAAGCGGUGUACUCUCGAAGAUGUGUCUCCUUCAUCCUCCGAGCCACUGUAGGAAGUUUAUUGGGGGAGAAGGCACAGAUUGCAGCUGCCAAAGAUAUAUGCCAGGCAAUUGGUAAACAGAUGAAGGCAGUAGAAUCAGUUGUGAAUGAUGCUAAUAUUGAAAACAAAUCAGGAGCAGCUGAAGUUGCUGCAAGUCAGCAUGUGAUGGUUUGUGCCCUUCAGGAGCUUGGGAGCCUAGUUCAGAGCCUAAGUGCCACUGCUUCACCUCUCAUACAAGAGCCUUCUAUAGGAUUGCUUGAGACUGUUACUUCAGUUCUUCUGCAUCCAAGCAUGGCUGCCCGACUUGCUGCUGCAUGGUGCCUGCGUUGCGUAGCUGUGGCCUUGCCUUUCCAAGUGACUCCUUUCUUGGACCGGUGUGCCGAAAGGCUCAACAAUUUGAAGACCUCACCAGAAGCUGUUAGUGGUUACAGUUUUGCAAUGGCUGCUUUGCUAGGUGGAGUUCAUCAGUGUCCUUUGGGCAUUCCCCAUGCAAAAGGAAAGAUGGUUGUUAGCAUUGCAGAGGAUCUCUUACGAUCUGCUGCACAAAAUAGCAGAUUGUCUUUGCAGCGAACCCAGGCUGGAUGGCUUUUGCUUGGUGCUCUGAUGACUUUAGGUCCGUCUGCUGUUCGUUACCAUCUUCCCAAAAUGUUACUGCUGUGGCGAAAUGUAUUUCCCCGAUCUUUGAAGGAGUUGGAAGCAGAGAAAGCUCGUGGAGAUUCCUUCACAUGGCAAGUAACACUGGAAGGACGUGCAGGAGCUCUCUGUGCUAUGAGAAGUUUUGUUGCUCACUGUCCCGAACUUCUAACAGAGGAUGUUAUUCGAAAACUGAUGACUCCUAUAGAAUGUGCUAUGACAAUGAUGUCUCACAUUCCCUCUGUAAUAAAAGCCCACGGAGCUCAUCUGAAGGCUAGUGCAGCAAUGGUCCGAUUAAGACUUUAUGACAUCUUGGCUUUGUUACCACCAAAAACAUAUGAAGGGUCAUUUAAUGCACUUCUUCGGGAGCUGGUGGCAGAAUUUACUUUGACAGACAACUCUGCUAAUACUACUACAUCUCUGCUUAGAUCACUUUGCCAUUAUGAUGACAGUGUUCUUCUUGGCUCCUGGCUGCAGGAAACAGACCAUAAAUCAAUUGAAGAUCAGCUCCAGCCAAACAGUGCCUCUGGAAGUGGUGCUCUAGAACAUGAUCCAUCUUCCAUUUAUUUGCGCAUCCCUGCUGGUGAAGCUGUUCCUGGUCCUCUUCCUUUGGGAGUGUCAGUCAUAGAUGCCUCAGUUGCUCUCUUUGGAGUGGUUUUCCCCCAUGUUUCCUACAAGCACAGGCUACAGAUGCUGGAUCAUUUUGCAGAAUGUGUCAAGCAGGCAAAAGGUGUUCGUCAGCAAGCUGUGCAGCUUAAUAUUUUUACUGCUGUUCUUAGUGCAUUAAAGGGCUUAGCUGAGAAUAAAAGUACUUUAGGGCCGGAAGAAGUUCGCAAGUCUGCCUUGACACUAGUUAUGGGGGCCCUUGACAACCCUAACCCCAUUCUGAGAUGUGCUGCAGGAGAAGCUCUUGGCAGAAUGGCACAGGUGGUGGGAGAAGCAACUUUCAUUGCCAGAAUGGCUCAGUACAGCUUUGACAAGCUGAAAUCUGCUAGAGACGUCGUGGCAAGAACAGGCCAUUCCUUGGCUCUUGGCUGUCUCCACCGCUACGUUGGAGGAAUAGGUUCUGGGCAGCACUUGAAAACCAGUGUCAGCAUUCUGUUAGCACUGGCACAAGAUGGAACGUCCCCUGAAGUCCAGACAUGGUCUCUCCAUUCGCUCGCUUUAAUAGUGGACUCUAGUGGACCAAUGUACCGUGGAUACGUAGAGCCUACUCUGUCUUUGGUUCUCACAUUACUUUUGACAGUGCCUCCAUCACAUACAGAAGUACACCAAUGUUUGGGUCGAUGUCUAGGUGCCAUAAUAACAACUGUUGGCCCGGAGCUGCAAGGUAAUGGAGCUACCAUUUCCACCAUCCGUUCCUCAUGUCUGGUGGGUUGUGCAAUUACACAAGAUCAUUCAGACUCUCUUGUUCAGGCAGCUGCCAUUUCCUGCCUCCAGCAACUUCACAUGUUUGCACCACGACAUGUUAACCUCUCCAGUCUUGUUCCCAGCCUUUGUGUUCACCUAUGCAGCUCCCACCUUCUACUUCGUCGGGCUGCGGUAGCAUGUCUGAGGCAGCUUGCUCAGAGAGAAGCCGCAGAAGUAUGUGAAUAUGCCAUGAGUUUAGCCAAAAAUGCUGGAGACAAAGAAAAUAAUGGGAUGAAUAUGAAUUCUUUUGCUCCAGGACUAGGCUCCCGGAGGGAUAUUCAUGGCCGACAUCAGGGAAUCAAUAUCACAGAGACUGGACUUGAGGGAGUCCUUUUUGGAAUGCUAGAUCGGGAGACUGAUCGGAAGCUGUGCUCUGAUAUUCAUGAUACCUUGGGACAUAUGCUUUCAUCUUUGGCAGUAGAAAAGCUCUCGCACUGGCUGAUGUUAUGUAAGGAUGUCCUUGCAGCAUCCAGUGAUAUGACCACUACAGCUCCUUUGGGAGGUGAAAAAGAUGAAGAUUCGGAGAAAAAAGAUGAAAUGGAUGAUGAUAUGAUGUUUACUACACUGGGUGAAGAAGACAAAACAAAGCCUUCUGUAGCUCCUCGCUGGGCUACUCGAGUAUUUGCUGCUGAUUGCCUGUGUCGAAUUAUCAUGCUAUGUGAAAAUGCAAAUAAAGCCCACUUUGAUCUAGCUCUUGCCCGUUCUGCCAAACUCAGAAAUCCUAAAAAUGACCUUCUAGUUCUUCACCUCUCUGAUCUUAUUCGCAUGGCAUUUAUGGCUGCAACUGACCACAGCAACCAGUUACGAAUGGCUGGUCUCCAAGCACUUGAAGACAUUAUCAAGAAAUUUGCAGCAGUUCCUGAACCAGAGUUUCCAGGCCAUGUGAUUCUAGAGCAGUAUCAGGCUAAUGUUGGAGCUGCUUUAAGGCCAGCUUUUUCACAGGACACCCCUUCUGAUAUUACAGCAAAAGCUUGCCAGGUGUGUAGCACCUGGAUUGGAAGUGGCGUAGUAAGCGACCUUAAUGAUCUUCGCCGUGUUCACAACCUCCUUGUCUCUUCACUGGACAAAGUGCAAACAGGCAAGGGGUCUUCCAGCCAGCUUUACAGGGAGAGCGCUACUACUAUGGAAAAACUGGCAGUACUCAAAGCUUGGGCUGAGGUGUAUGUUGUAGCUAUGAAAAUUAAAAAAGAAGCAGAAACUAAACCGAAGAAAGCAGUGAAGAAUGAUGACGAUGACGACGAUUAUAGCACAGUAGAUGAACUGCCACCGGACAGUUUAAUAACACUUGUGCAACCAGAGCUGCCCACUCUCAGCCGCCUCUGGUUAGCUGCACUUAAAGAUUAUGCUCUUUUGACUUUACCAGCAGAAUUUGCAAGUCAACUUCCUCCAGACGGUGGAGCGUUUUACACUCCAGAGACAAUUGAUACAGCUAGACUGCAUUACCGGAAUUCAUGGACCCCAAUUCUACAUGCAAUUGCACUGUGGUUGAAUAGUACAGGAUUUAAUGCUUCUGAAUCAACAGAAGAUGUGUCGGCAGCAAUACUGAAUCCACAGAAACGUGCCACAUCCAUUAUGUUAAACCCAGCACCAGGAACACCACCAUCCACCAAACCUUUGCAAGAGAUAAACAAAGAUCGAAUGCAUUUGAUUUUGGGUGUUAGUAUACAGUUUCUCUGCUCUCCACGACCAGAAGAGCCUGUUGAACAUGUUACAUCCUGUUUAGAAGCUCUGCACACUUUAUUGGAUUCCCCUUGUGCUAGAACCCACAUUGCUGAGGAUCAGCUCCUUGGUGUUGAACUUUUGAGUGUGCUGCAUCGACUCCUCUUGACCUGCAAUCCUCCUUCAGUCCAACUGCUAGUUACUGGUGUUGUGCAGCAGAUUGUAAGAGCUGCUCAAGAUCAUCUACAAGAAAAAAGAAACACUAUGAAUGAAGAAGAUGUAAAAGAAAAAGACACUAGUACCAUGUUGGGCGAAGGAGGAGAAAGUGGGGGUCUUGUGCCAGGAAAAUCUCUUGUAUUUGCUGCCAUGGAGCUCCUAAUGUUUAUCCUAGUACGACACAUGCCACAUCUGAGCACAAAAAUGUCAGAUUCUCCGAGUCAUAUCUCCAGCAGAACCCAACAGCUUCCAGAAGAAAGUGCUCGUCUUGUAGCUGCCACAAUUGGAAUUCUGUCUGACCUGCCCACUCUCUGUUCCCCAGCUGGAUGCAUGACAAUUUUGCCCACAGUCCUGUUUCUAAUAACUCAAGUGUUAAAAGAUACUGCAGUGAAAACAACAGGAAACCAUGUCCCCCCGCCAGUCUCCGCAGCACUUCAAGGAUUGAAAAGUAUUGUAACUCUUCCAAUGACAAUGAAUGAAGAAAUACACAAACAGUGGACAAAUCUUAUCCGCAGUACCUUGGCCUCAAUUUUGGAAUACCCUCAGCCAGAGGCCUCAAGGCCUAUUCUGGAUGAAGUCAGCAUGCUUACAGCUAUUGCACUCUUCCUUUGGUCUGCAAGCACAGAAAUAAUUGGAGUGCAGUCAUUACAGAAUGGCUGCAUGAAUAGAUUCAAAAUGGCACUGAACUCAUCUGAUCCUUGGGUUCAAGCCAAAUGCUACCAGCUUCUGCUUUCUGUAUUCCAACACACCAAUCGAGCCCUCUCAACCCCCUAUAUCCAUUCGCUGGCACCAAUAAUGGUUGAGAAACUGAAAAGUGUAGAGAUCAACCGCCCAAACAACAAAAUGGAACUUUUAGCAGUCCAGGAAGGAAUCAAAGUGCUUGAAACACUGGUAGCUCUUGGAGAAGAACAGAAUAGAGUCCCACUGCUUGCGCUUCUUGUUCCCACCCUUAUUUCUUAUUUACUGAAUGAGAAUGCUUUCUCUUCUGCAUCUGCGGUCUCAAAAGAACUUCAUGAGUUUGCCCUCCAAGACCUAACACGCAUUGGACCCCUUUAUCCUCAUGCAUUCAAGACAGUCAUGGGAGCAGCCCCUGAAUUGAAAAUACGGCUGGAAACUGCAGUGCGAGCAAGCCAGGCGAGCAAAGCAAAGGCAGCUGCCAGGCAACCACCACCCACAGUACAUUCCACUCCAACAAUUAAACUUAAAACUAGCUUUUUCUGAUUUAUUCUUAUUGGAACCAAUCAUAAAAUCGAUCACCAUGCAAUAUAUCAUUCCUUUUGUGUUGCUGAAUAGCACUCUGUAUUUUUGCAUUGUUUGUCUGUGGCUAUCCACUAGGGGUUUAUGUUCCUAGGUGUGUGUUAUAACUUGAAAUCUGUGCAUUUUAAGGGACGUAAUAUUAUCUAUAUGUACAUAGAUUUUUAUGAAAUGGAAUAAGUUUGAUCAUGCAUCUGAGUCUGUGUUAAACUAUCUCCUGUAACAAAGUGUUUUGUGUGUUA